CUGAUAAUACCGCGGCGGCAUCUGCGGCCGCAGUACGGCAACCACCGCGAUCGCUCUCGAACUCGCGCUCGACGCACUGCUGCGACCGCGUUCCCGCCACACGACCGUCGUCGCGCGGCUCCAACGCAGGGCCACGCCGUCCUCGUGAUCGUUUCCUCGUACCGUUACACUCGCGAAACUCCUUCCGUCGCACGGAACACGCCCGUGGGGCCGGUCGACUGCCGAGAGUUGCUGCUGCUGCGAUUCAUUGGAUGCACCGACCGAACACGUCACUACCGGUCAUGUCCGACGGGUAGAACGAGCGACGAAGAGAUCCGAGGCUUACAUGAGGAUAAAACAUGAAUUCAGAUUAUAAAUGGAGAGAACAAUCAUCAUCAAGAAUGAACGAGCCAAAAGCAAGAGAUUCCUCAGUUGAAAAUGGAGAACAUUUAUCUACUACUAACAAUUUUGCCCGUAGACAUCAACGAAAUUUAUCAUUGCCCGUUAACAAUGUUUUCCAACCAACAGUGUCAAAAGUAGAUAAUUUAACUACAAUGUCCAAUUCUCGAGGCAAUGGAGUAUCUUAUUCUAGCCCAGUUCACAAAAAUUACCAAGAAAUAAAUGAUUGUGAUAAUGAUUCCUCUUCCAAUAGUGAUACUGGUAGUACAGGUACUUAUAUUAUUGAGCGAAAUGAUUUGACCAGUGAUAAUAAAUCUGAACCAUUGCUUGAUUGUGAUGAUAAUAUUGAUGAUUUUAAGAAAUCAAAUUCAAUGGUUAAGAAAUUACGAUCUAGUUGGGUCAAUGAAUGGCAUUCAAAAUUGAAUCAAAACAAAACUUCUUAUUCAAGUGCAUUGCCUCUUCCAAAAUCUGAUUUCAAACCAAAUUCGCCAAUUUUACCAAAGCAUACAAGAAAAUCAAAUAUUCCACUUCCCCAUGCAUCUAGUAUAAAAGACUUGAGUGAAAACAGUGUCAAAAGUGCAAGCAGUGAUGAUGAUACCAGAUUAUUACUAAAAGAUGCAGAAAAUUGUGUAUCUAUUUUGGAAGCUAAAGUAGACAAAACUAGUCAUGCCUCUAUUCAAUAUAACCGUACAUUUAAUUUGCGCCGUGAUAGGUUUUCAAAGCCAUUACAAGAUACGACUAAAAAAAAAGUUGAACCAAAAACUGCCAACGAUAAACCUAAUUUAUACAAGCAGUCAACCCCAAAUUUAAGUUCUUCGCUGUCAAGAGUUGAUUGUGGACGUUAUAGUCUAAGAACAUCUAGAGCACCUCAACCAAAUUCAUCACCAUUGUUGUCUGCUCGUAAAAAUUUAUCGUCAAAAAAAAAAUGGAAUUCUAGUAUACUUUGUAAUAAAAUCCAAACACCUAACAAAGAAACAGAAUUGGAAAAUUGGAAACGUCGUAAAAAUUAUGAUCCAAUGAAAGCAGCUGCUCAAGGGAAAAAAAAAGAUCAACAAAAACAGUCGUUUUCUAAGGAAAAAAGUGUUGACAAUUCUGGUAAUCCUGUGUUGAGAUCUGCAUCUUUCCAUGGCAGAGAUGGUUUUUCCCAUGAAGAUGACAGUGAUGCAUGGGAACAAAAAAGUUUACAUUUUUACCAACACGUUGAUGACUGGCAUAAAUUACCACAGCCACCAGCAACAUCAAGAGAUCAUUCACCUCCACUGUCAAAAAAUGAAAAUCUUUCAUCAUCGGCAAACUCAUCACUGGCGAUGCUUCCUACUUUGACAUCAGCACAUAACGGUUCACCUACGUUUUUGCAUAAAUCCAUGUCUGCAUUUAAUAGCUCAACGAGUUCAUCUCUAGAUGUCAGUUCAAUGCCCGAUGCUAUGUUUGAUGACAAAGACUCAUUAGAUAUGGUUCAUUUAUCAUAUAAAGUCAAAAAACGUGGUAUUGAACUUAUAAAAAGGAUGAGGACGGAGUUACCUGAAUAUGAUGAUAUAGAACUCACCCGGGGUAUUGCAAGCAUAGAUUUAAUGGAUGAUACAUACCAUGUUCCAAUGAAAUCAUGGGGAAUGUCAGUUUCAGCAACUAAUAUUAACUGUGUGGAUAAUAUAUUAAGAAUACUUGAAAACGUGUUGUUCAAAGACUCUGAUUGUAGAGAAAAUAAUUCAGACGAUUGAACUUAUUUUUAAUGAACUCCAAAUAACAUAAAACUUUAUGUAUUGUUUUGUUUUUUUUUUUUUUUAAUUUUUAUGUUAUAUUAUUGCAAUGCCAAAUUUACCGUGUGAUAAAGUAUGAUAGUGUAAUAUUUUAUUUUAAAU